AUGUAGAGCAUUUAUUUAGAUGCAGAAAAUUAGAAAUGGCUGAAAAAAAAAGAUGCAAAAAGAAAACAAGUUCAUAUUCAUAAAGUCAUAAAGAGUUCAGAAAUCAAUAUUUGGUGGAGAAUCCCACAGUUUUCAUGCAUCUUGCAUCAUGUUCUCCUCCUCCAGUCUUACACACUGCUUUUGGAUAACUUUAUGCCUUUACUCCUGGUGCAAACAUGUAAGCAGUUCAGCUUGGUUUGAUGGCUUAUGAUCAUCCAUCGUCCUCUUGAUUAUAUUCCAGAGGUUUUCAAUUUGGUAAAAUCAAAGAAACUCAUCAUUUUUAAGUGCUUAAUUGCUCCAUUUGAACCAAUUCACUCAUGAGCGCCCUCUGCUGGCCUAACAGAAGUUUUGGCCUAGUGUGUGUUUAGGUUUCCAUGGUUACGGUUCUGUUUAACAACAGUAAAGAUGGCUGAAGAGACUCCAGCAUUUCAGCAAAUCUACACUUUUAAUGCUCUCCCCGAUAAAACAUUUACAUUUCAGCAGGAUUCACAUACAGCAGGACUCUUGAUGAAAUGGGGUAUGUGUGGGAGAAUUUCCACACAGGCCUUUAACUUUGACCAGACGUUCCAGUCUUAUAAGAAGAAUGACUUUGCUCUGAAUUUCUUUCAGGAUCCCUGUGUAAAAAACAGCUUAAAGACACUGGAUGCGUCUGGUGUUUGGAAGCCAUUGGGCAGUGAUAUAACUCGUGUGGACGUGGAAGACGUUCCCUGUUCUAAAGUGUCUGUAGACAUAUUUGAUCCAAUUCUCUCAAGUGGAAUCGUGCGCCCCUCCGGCCACAUCGUUAAAUGUUUCCAUGAGGUGCAUCCUGACUUUGAUCAGUUGAGAAUGAUGCUGCUGGAGCAGGAGUCUGAAAAUUACCACGUGGUCAGUCGGAGUGACCGCCAGGAGUUUCUGUUUAGACUGUUUAAACACGUGGUGUUGGGUGGUGAACUUUGCCAGUAUGAAGAUAUUAUCAGUCCAUACAUUGAAGCUGCGAAAAAGAUUUAUAAAGAUUUGGUGAGUGUUCAGAAGGAUUCAGACACAAAGGAGAUCAGAGUCGUGUCAACCAUAUUGAAGGUCUUCGCUUAUGAUGAGCACGGCUUGUGCUACCCGUGUGGGCAAGACAGCGAGCAGACCUUCGCCUAUCUGUGCAUCGACCCGUUUAAAAGGCAUGUGUAUGUGCUGUACCACAGUUAUGGUGUCAGUCUUUUUUCACAGAGUGUUAAAUAAUAUGUAAGUUUGUUUUCAAUAUGAUAAUUCUUCAGAUAUUUUUUAAAAUUGGUUAUUCAAUUUUAUCAUAUAAAUUUAAAAACUUAUGGUUUGAUGAGGCUUAAUAGUUACAGUACAUUAAUUAACAAUACUGAUGUCUCAACUAAUUAAUUAUUAAUUAGCUCUAGUUAAGACAUUAUUAAUCAUAGCAAUGUUUUAAACUUAUGUCUUAAUGCAUUAUUAUCAACAUUCCUAAGCAUUAAAACUUAGUACUGUUUAAUAAUGUGUUAACUAGUGCCAAUUAAUAAUUGCUUGAGACAUUAUUUUGCCAUUUAAUAAUGUUUAUAUUACUGUCAUAAGUACUGAUAUUUGUGAACCUUAUUGUAAAGGGUUACCAGUGGUUUCUAUCGCAUGUCAUUAAUCUUUAAAAAAAGAUUGGAGAUGGGAGAUUGCAAUAUGUUCAACUGUUAUUCUGGUAUUACUAAAUUCCUAUUAAAAUAUGUACAUUAAAAGGUUUUGUUGUAUUUGAGGUUAGUAUUGAAGCAGAAAUGUUUCCAUAAUUAUACACUUUUCUUAUGGUGUUGUGUUCUUUUGUUUGUUCUAUAUUUUAUUGUUUGUUAUUAUUUCUUAUUGUUCAUGAGAAAUGGCUUACAAACGUUGCAUGUCCUUUUAUUGUUUUCUAUUUUAUUUUCUUAGUUUAUGAUAUCAGCUGCUUUUUUUGUCUGAAAAACAUGUAUAUACUUCAGUCCGAAAUCUGGCAUCACCUGCAUAUUUUAUACAUUUAUUUGAUAAAACAUAUCUGCAUAUUAACAGAGAAUCUUCCGUGAAAGUAAAAUUAGUUUGUCAAAAUAUUUGGCUCUAGCUCCAUCUUCUGGACAAAUAUGUUGUCUUUCUGAUUAUAGAAAUGUACCAGUAGGUGAUGCCAAAUUUCUCUAAUUUAGCAUUAAAUCAUAUUAUUGUCUUUUAAUUAUAAUUGGUAUUAGUACUUUACAUUGCUUUGAAAUUAAAUUUGGUUAAUUAAAUUGAAUUAGAUGCCAAACAUAUAAUUAUGAAAUGUUUUUAAAUAAAAUGUUCAGCUUUAAUUUUAA